AUGGCUCUCCAAACUGUGUUUGCUGCAAUUUUGCUCCCAAUUUUCCUUUCUAUCUCAUCUGCAUCAGCUCAAAGUGCAAGAACUGUCAACGUUAGAAAUUACGGCGUCGUUGCCGAUGGUGGAACAGAUAAUGAGAAGGGCUUUCUUCGUGCAUGGAACGAGGCCUGCAAUGGAAAUGGGGCUUCGAUACUCUAUGUACCCAAAGGAGAAUACGUGCUUGGACCGGUUGUGUUUUCCGGUCCAUGCAAAGGUCCGAUAAUGUUUCUGAUGGCCGGAGUUUUGAAGGCUUUACCCGGACCUUCUGAUGUUUCAAUUUGGAUAAAUUUUCGAAAUGUAAAUCUUCUGUUAAUUAAGGGUGGUGGAACAUUUGAUGGUCAAGGACCUUCUGCUUGGCGUUUCAAUAAUUGUGCCAAGGACCCUAACUGCAAGCCGCUUCCAAUUAAUCUCAAAUUUGACUCGGUGACGAACUCGAGGAUUGAAUUCGUAAAAUCAGUCAAUAGUAAACAAACUCACAUCUCAUUCCACGGAUGUGAGAACGUAAAUAUAACAAACGUUGAAGUACUGGCACCGGCCGACAGUCCCAACACGGACGGAAUCAAGAUGGGGAGGUGUUCCGGCAUCCGGAUAUUGAACUCGAGAAUAAGCACCGGUGACGACUGUGUAGCCAUCCUUUCCGGGAGCUCGAACAUCGAAGUUUCGAAUGUUCGUUGUGGUCCUGGACAUGGAAUCAGCAUCGGAAGCCUUGGCAAGUACCAAGGUGAAUUGAAUGUUCAUGGCGUGACUGUGACAAACUGUACCUUUAGUCAAACCGACAAUGGUGUUAGAAUUAAGUCAUGGGCAUCUCAGGUUCCGGCCACUGCUUCAAACUUCUUGUUUCAAGAUAUUGUCAUGGAUAGAGUUCUAAAUCCAAUCAUUAUUGAUCAGACAUAUUGCCCUCAUACUACAUGCGAUCAAGAGGCAGCAUCUCAUAUUCAAAUAAGUGAUGUUACAUAUAGGAACAUACGGGGAACUUCAAGCUCUGAAGUUGCUGUUUCUUUUCAAUGCAGCAAGAAAUUCCCAUGCAAGAAUAUAAUGAUGGCUGACGUUAAUUUUGUUAACGCUAAACGUGGAUCACCUUUGAAAUCUACGUGUUCGAAUGUUAUUGGUCGUAGUUUCGGACUUCAAAUCGUUGCCAUUGUCGUCGUUGUUGCUGCUACAGUAGAUGUUAUUGCCAUCGCCAUCGUUAUUGUCGCUAUUGUUGUUGUUACUACCAUCGCCAUCGUUGUUGAUGCUACUGUUGCCAUUGUCGCCAUCGUUGUUGAUGAUACUAUUGUCAUUGUCGCCAUCGUUAUUGCCGCUACUGUUGUCAUUGUCGAUGUCACCACCGUCGCUGCUAGUGAUGUUUUCAUCGCCUAUAAUGCUCCGAAAUACGAGUUAGUAGUUUGGAGGCAAUUAGAGACUUUUGGAGCUCAAAUGGAAAACCUUGAGGACAUGCUUAAAGAGAUGAACACCUUUCUUUUUAUCUCUUUAAGCAUGUCCUCAAGGUCUUCCCUUGAGGACCAAGAGUCUCUAGUUAACUGUUAA